CGCCGCCCUACCCUCCUCACCCCGCCCGUUCCCGCAAUCGACGAGCCGCCGCCGCGCUUAGCUUGUUCCGAGGAGCUUCGGAGGAGGGCCGGGUAGGACAAGAUGCAGAUCUUCGUGAAGACUCUGACGGGGAAGACCAUCACCCUCGAGGUCGAGAGCAGCGACACCAUCGACAAUGUCAAGGCUAAGAUCCAGGACAAGGAAGGCAUCCCGCCGGACCAGCAGCGCUUGAUCUUCGCCGGAAAGCAGCUGGAGGACGGACGCACCCUUGCUGAUUACAACAUCCAGAAAGAGUCCACCCUCCACCUCGUCCUCCGCCUCCGCGGUGGCAUCAUUGAACCCUCUCUUCAGGCGCUCGCCCGCAAGUACAACCAGGAUAAGAUGAUCUGCCGCAAGUGCUACGCGCGCCUUCACCCCAGGGCUGUUAACUGCCGCAAGAAGAAGUGUGGCCACAGCAACCAGCUGAGGGCCAAGAAGAAGAUCAAGAACUGAGGCUUGGAGUAUGGGUUCCGCGGGUCGUUCGGAUCGACAAGAAGAUCCGAGUCUAAGUUUUUGCCGCAGCAUAAUGCUUCUUCUGUUUCUAGUCAGAACUCCGUGGUCUUUCUGUUGAGGGUCUUGAGCAUGUUAUUGCUGGCAUAAAUUGUGUCAUAAGUCUGGGUCAUAUAAAAUGGUAGCUUAUAACUCUAUAAAUUCGUGGUCGUUAAUUUUGCUGCUGUUCUUGUCC